AUGUCUACAGCUAGAACGUCGCUUUUUGGGCGGCACGCUUGGCGAUCCCUUUACGACUCGCUCGACUUUCUCAGCACACGUGUGUCCUCGAGGUCUGCUCCCUCGAAUCACCUGGCACCGCAUCACUCGAGCACCACAUUCCGCCGCACUUCGACUCAUUCGUCUUGGGCCUUGCCGAAAUCCCCAAAGGUCUAUGGGUACAAUGUGCGAAGAAGCUUCGCUUCGGGCGGGCUUCUGCUCAUAGGCACCAAUCCCACCACUUCCGCCACGAGUACCGUGGUAUCCUCCUGUGCCGCCGCAGCCGACUCCGCCAUCCACGGGAGCGGGACUCACCAGGCGGAUUUAUUAAGACUAGCACGACAGGCGUGGACGAGAGAUGUGCACACGGGAAGAGGGAGGCGAAGACCCGGUACACAUUCAAGGCGGCCCAAGUCCACCAAGUCCUCCGCAGAAUCCACCAAGUCCGCGGCCGCAUCACAUGCCAGGCAAGACUCUGCAAAAGCUUCAGCAACACCGAACCCCGACGCCAAAGCUCGAGAAGCUAGACCGGAGGAGCAUCACAACUACAUAUCAAACUAUUUUCACCUCCCGAAUGUCCAUCUACCGCACCGGCCUACAAAAGAAGAGCUGCUGGCCGCCGCAAAUGGUUUCUGGUCACGCAUGAAGGUUCGGUUCAAGUGGUUUUCCAUUCGGAGUAUGAGACCAUGGAACACUGAUGAAUGGGGAGCUUUUCUGUCCUUCUUGUUCUUUGGCCAUCUAGCAUGGAUUCUUAUUGGUACGACGACAUUUGUGUCUGGACUUCUCCUCUUCGUCAACACCGUUUCUGCUCAAGAAUGGCUUGCCAAGGAAGUUGGUGACUAUCUAACUGAAUCUGCUGGUCUAACCGUCAUUUUCGAGUCUGCCAUCGUUCCAAGAUGGAAAGAUGGUGUUAUUUCUUUCCGAAAUGUCUUCGUCUCCCGAAGACCUGGGCAGACCAGAUCUUCAGUCAGCAAGGGUUCUCCCUCAAGUGCCGCUGCUGUAGCAGCUGCAGAGAAGGAAAAGAAGGAGUCGACGGAGGAAGAUGAUGGCAACUAUACCCAGUUCGAUGUGACACUAAGCACGGUCAACGUCACCCUGUCGUUCGCAAAAUGGUGGAAUGGCAAGGGACCACUAGAGGACGUUGAAAUCAAGGGUGUCCGAGGCGUCAUCGAUAGGACCCAUGUCCACUGGUCUGGUGACAACGUGGAUCCCCUAUCAUACCGGCAUGAACACAAUCCAGGUGACUUCGAGAUCGAAUCUUUCAAACUUGAAGAUCUGCUUGUCACGGUUCACCAACCAGGGGAUUUCCGCCCAUUUUCAGUAAGCAUUUACUCAUGCGAGCUUCCACAACUACGGAAGCAAUAUUUGUUCUAUGACCUCCUGUCCGCGAGCCAUAUGUCCGGGUCUUUUGACGGUUCGCUUUUCACCAUACAUCCCCGCCAAGUUCACGGAGUGGCAGCGGGUCAAGAAAGGGCUGCCAACGAUUUUGGUGAACCAGAUGCGUGGAAGAAAUUCAGCCGUUGCCGAAUUGAUGGUCUCAAGAUCGAUCACCUGAAUAAGGGUGAUCAAGGUCCCUUCGGAUGGAUAUACGAAGGCAACGUGGACAUUGUGGCCGACAUCGCAUUUCCGACAGACGACGACGAUAGUAUCACCAAAGUAGUGGCUGAGUUCUACGAUCGUCUCGAAGAAGCAGUCACUUCGAAUCGCUACUUACAGAUCCUGGACAGGAGUAAGCGCCGUUUGCAAGACGAGGGUGAGGAAUUCAUGCGAAGCGGCACGUUUGAGGAGGCCGCACAGAUACCGAUUGUCAACGAAGAAGAACCCGAAGCCUUGCCCGCACCACCAGGGCCUGAGAACGAUUCGCCAUCAGCAGUGCCAGCCGAGGGCGAACCGCCUCGAUAUCUGGUAAUGGACCUCCGCAUUCAUCUGAACGACGUCAAAGCUACUGUUCCUGUUUUCAACACACAAAUGGGCUACGUCAAUCAGGCUUUGGUACGCCCUAUCGUCGCAUAUAUCAACGCCAAGAAGACCUACAUUCCCAUCGGUUGCCGCAUUGUAAAGCGUGUGUCUGAUUUUGAUGGUGCUUGGUCCUUAUACGACUGUGGACUUAUGAAUGAUGUAUCCGCCGAGGUGUACGAUGCAUUCGCACGUGAUGUUGAGGACCAACAGAGUCGCACUAGGCGAAUGAAGAAGGUCGGCUUCUGGACGCUCAGUCUGGCGGCCCAUGCUCUGUUCAUGGGUAUGGCAGGUAGCGUUGUAUAA